AUCACUUUUUUUUUUCUUUUUCUUAUCCUUUAGUUUUACCCACAACCAAAUAUCCUCAUGAAUCCUGUUAUACUAUCACUUCACUUUCUCUAAAGUUCUUAUCUUUAUUUAAAGUCAUACCCCAAUAUUAUUACCAAAAACAACUUCUUACUAGAGGUUCCAUUUUGCUACAUAUCCAAGAUCAAAAGAGGGAAUGGAAGGAGGAGCAAUGACAACUAAGGAUAUGAAGGUGGAGAUUAAUUCAUCGACGGAGUCGGAAAUGAUAUCGCCAACGUCUGAAAAUGUGACGACAGGAGGAUUAGUAAGGCAAGGAAGUAUGACAAAGAGCAGUUGUCUUUGCUCUCCCACGACCCAUGCAGGUUCAUUCAGGUGCAGGCUUCAUCGAGCUCCAAGUCUCCAAAGGACUAAAAGUAUUGAAUCAAAUCCUAAGGCUAAUACAAAUGCUUAUACAACUAGCUAGCAAUGGUACUUCUAUAGUUCUAUGGAGUUGCAAUAAGAAUUGGAUUAUUAUAUUGUCACCAUAUAUAUUAAUGUUGAAAUCAACUAGUGGCUUGUAUUUUUAUGAAUGUUUAGCAUUGUUCGUGUUUCUUAAUUAAGUUGAUCUUUGUCCUUUGUGUUUUCACUCGUAGAGACUAUGUAAAGUAGCUUCGAGUUCUUUGAAUGAAAUGUGGCUUUGACUAA